AUGGAGAAGAAUAAGUACUUAGGAGAAGUGACAUCAAAGGAAAACACUUCCGAGGUUCAACUCCAAAUCAAGGACGACUGGAGAAGAUCUGAAGGUGCACUGAACACAUUGGCGAUCAAAGGAAAGUCACCAAAUUUGCAUCAGCUUCAAUCCAUUCGCAGAGAACWCAAACAAGGAACCAUGAGUGGAAUUGGAGAUUUCACUAGAGGCAAUUUAGUAUUGAUUCAUGGUCGAGGAAAAGAGCUCACGUGUUCUGUUCAAAUCAAGGAGAACCCACCAGAUGCAUUACCUAUGCUCAGAUAA